CUUGAUGACAUUUUUGUCAGGAUGUUUUGAUCAUAAUACCUGUCAUAGACAGGUGAAAAUAAGGAAUUAUUUCGUAGAAACUUAGAAAGGAUCGAAAAUGACUUCCGUCAAAGUAGCAGUCCGAGUUAGACCUUUUAAUAAUAGGGAAAUUGAUCUAGAUAGCAAAUUUAUAGUGUCCAUGAAUGGAGGGAAAACAACAAUCACCAAUCCUAAGAUUCCUGAAAGGAAUGCAGAAGGAGGGCAUGCUAAAGAUGCUAUGAGGAUAAAGGAUUUCACAUAUGACUUUUCAUUUUGGUCUGUGGAUAAAAAUGAGCCUAAAUAUUGUUCUCAAAAACAGGUUUUCCAGUGUUUAGGGUCAGAUGUGGUGACUUCAGCUUAUGAUGGUUACAAUGCGUGUGUUUUUGCCUAUGGACAGACAGGAUCAGGAAAGAGUUACACUAUGAUGGGUAACCCUGAUGAUCUAGGACUGAUACCAAGGAUAUGUCAGGAGCUAUUUUGUAGAAUGAGAGAAGAUGAUACAAACUAUAGAAUAGAAGUCAGCUAUAUGGAAAUAUACAAUGAAAAGGUUCGUGAUUUGUUGAAACAAUCAUCAAAUUCAAAGACAGUACAUAAUCUACGAGUCAGAGAACAUCCAAAAGAUGGACCUUAUGUCCAAGAUCUGUCAAAACACAUAGUAAAUAAUUAUGAAGAUGUAGAGGAACUAAUGCAUAGAGGCAAUUCUGUCAGAGUAACAGCUACAACAAAGAUGAAUGAUGUCAGUAGUAGGUCACAUGCCAUAUUUACUUUGGUCUUCACACAGGCCAAAUUUAUAGAUGAUUUACCAUGUGAAACAACCAGUAAACUGCAUCUAGUAGAUCUAGCAGGCAGUGAGAAUGCCGAUGCAUCUGGAGCCACAGGUCAAAGGUUGAAAGAGGGUGGAAACAUAAACAAAUCACUGGUUACCUUGGGAACAGUCAUUUCACUUCUUGCUAAGAAUUGUAGUUUGAAAGAAGGAAAACAAGUGUUUAUUCCGUACAGAGAUUCUAAGAUUACCUGGUUACUGAAGGAUAGUAUCGGUGGUAAUGCCAGGACCAUUAUGAUAGCUACUAUAUCUCCAGCAGAUGUAAAUUAUGGUGAAACACUUAGAACCCUGAGAUAUGCCAACAGGGCCAAGAAUAUCAUCAACAGACCUACUGUCAAUGAGGAUCCAAAUGUGAAAUUAAUCAGAGACUUAAGAGCUGAGAUAUCAAGAUUGAAAGCACUACUUGGUGGAAGUUUGGAUAAUAUUGUGACACCUAAAGUUCAAGAAAAACUUCAUGAGAAUGAAGCGAGGGUUAAAGUUCUAACAGAAGAAUGGGCUGGCAAAUGGAAUGAGACAGGAACUAUUUUAAAGAAUGAUAUGUUUGCUGUACGUAAGGAAGGUCUUGGUGUUGUGUUAGAUUUCCAGCUCCCACAUCUGAUUGGUAUAGAUGAUGAUAUUUGUAGCACUGGUAUUAUGUUAUACCAUAUUAAGGAAGGGAAGACUACAGUAGGUAGACCAGAUGCUGAUGUUACACCUGAUAUAGUACUAGCUGGUAUUGAAAUAGAAAAGGAUCACUGUGUAAUAGAAUAUGUCAAUGGAGAUGUCAUUCUCUACCCUGGUACUGGUGCCCUGUGUGUUGUUAAUGGAGUCACACAAACCAGUCCAACAACACUAUCACAAGGGGCAGUAAUAUUACUAGGAAGAACUAACAUGUUUAGGUUUAACAACCCAGCAGAGGCUGCUAAGAUGAAGAAAGAUCUUAAUAAUUGUGGUUUAAGCAUGUCACGGUCAUCAUUAUUGAGCUAUUCUAUGACGGACCUAUAUACAGAUAGUUUAUCUCAAUCAGGAUACUGGUGGGAUGACAAUGAAAACAAGUUAGAAGAAGAGAGUAUAGUAGAUAAUAACAGGAAUAAGUUAGACGAUUUAGAACAAAUGUACAUAGAUUCUGAAAGAGAAAGGGAAGUAAUUAUAGUUCAGUUAGAGGUGGAACUGGAAGAAAAGAGGAAGCAGUUGGAUAAAAUUGAACAAGACUUUGAACAGCUAAGACAACAGAUAGAUGAACAGCCAAGUAACAGUCACAGGGAAAAGAUGUUCCAAAUUGAUGAAGAGCUAAGAGAUCUUGAGACAAGAGAGAAAGAUAUAGAUGAGGAAACAAGAUUAGCAAAAGAACAACUUCAAAUGGAAAUAGAAGAUUUGCAGCAUGAUUUUGAGGAAAAGAAGUCAAAGGUAAAAGAUGAGGUGAAAGAAUUGAACGAAAAUCUACAGACCUUAGAAAAAACAUACUCAGAUAAAGUGAAACAAAUAAAGGAUAAAAGAGACACUGUUAAAACAGAACAGCAGCAGCUUUAUUAUCAAAUUGAAACUGAAGAAGAAGAACUUGAUGAACUUCAGAAUAAGGUUCAGGAAAAAAGGGACUCUCUUGUCCAUGAUAAUCCUCAACUUGCCCAACAACUUGAAGAGUUUGAUAAUGCAGAAAAAGAACUUAAAUCAAUACAAAAGGAGAUAGAACUGACCUAUAAAACAAAAUGGAAUCAAGAAUUGGAACAUGUAACACAAGAAAAUUUAAAAGUUGAAGAGGCAUGGAAAGAUAUUGAAGAAAAUGAAGAAGUUGUUUCACAUUUACUCAGCAGGGUGGACAAACUAAAUGUAACAGAGAGAAAAAGUCUCGAAAUAAAGCAAGCAAGUAUUCAGGAAGCAAAAAUAUUAUUGAAAGAUGAAGAAAAAAGACUUUCUGAAAAAGAGAAAAAUGUUUUAGAACAAGUAGAAAGAGAGAUGGAAAAAUGGGAAGAGGCAAAAAAUACAGAAAUGUCUAAUUUGCUGAAUAAGAGACAAAAAAUGAUUGAAAGUGGGGAUGUAGAAUUGACAAAUUUACUUCAAGAAAUGUCCGAAAAAUCUGAUAAAAUACAUAGUUAUGAAAAAACAUUGAAAAGCGUCAGAAAAACAUUAGAUGAUGCCGAUAGUGAGGAAGAAGAAACUAAAUCUCAGUUUGAAGUCGCGGGAAAAGAAAUAAAAAAUGAGUUAUCUACUCUUAGUAAAACUCUUUCAUGUUUGGAUGAGGAGGAAGAUGUUGAAGUGAGUGAUAUGAAAUCCAUGUUACAGCAGAUUGAAGACUACUGUAAUACAGAGAUACUUGGCAUUCAGAAAGACAAAGACAUGAUGAAUAAGAAACAUCAAGAUCUUUGUCAGCUUGACGAAGUAGGAGUAUCGGAUAAUGAUCAGAAAAUUCAGGAAUUUGAAGAAAUGAGAAGGUCUUAUGAGAUAACAAAGCAAGAAUUGGAUGAAAUACAGAAAAAAUAUGAUGAACAAAGAAACAGUGAACUUGAUAAAAUAGAAUUUGAAAGACUAAAGCUUAAAGAAUUAGAACAUCAACAAAGAAUUAAUACUUUGGUAGAACAAGAAGUAAAAAGGAGAAUGUUUGAAGAAAAAAUUCUGAGGGAAAACUUUAGGAAAAAAGAAAAGGAAAAAGAAAGGAUAGACAGAGCUGCUGAAAUUCAGAAAAUUAAAGACAUGCAUAAUAGAGAAAUAAAACAGCUUAAAGACAAAUAUGAAAUCCCCAGCACUUCUUCGAAAAGUUUGAUGCCAUCAAAGUCCAACCCUUAUGUAACAUCUCCUGAUACUGGAAAGCAAUCACAACACAAUCUACGAAGCAGAUUUAGUGGGUCAAACAUAUCAUUAUCUGGUUCCCAGAUGGGAGAUAUUCCAGCACUGAGUAUUACCAUACCGGCAUACAGGUUACAGGGUUAUGGAUCUGAUGAACAUUAUGCAUAUGAAGUACAGAUAGCAGUAGGAGAUGAGAAGUGGACAAUAUACAGAAGAUACAGUCGAUUUAGAGAUCUACAUCAGGAAUGGAAGAAGCAUUACUUACAGAUUGGAGGCCUUGUUUUUCCACCAAGAAAACUGUUCAGAAAACAAGAGAAAAUAGCUAUGGAUAGACAACAGCAAUUAGAGGUCUAUUUAAAGAAUGCUCUGACCAUUUUAAUGAGAACUCCAGAUUGUCCUUUGCAUCCUUCCAAGAACUUGUACCUCAGUAAACAGAUAUUAUGUGAUUUUGACCCCUUCUUUAAAAGAGGAAUAUUUGAGACAUCUAAACACAGUACAUCAUGAUAAAAAAAAAGAGGAAAAAUGGUUGCAAUCAGCAUAAUGUUAUCAAGGAAUCUCAAUAACAAAUUUAGUUUGAAAUCCAUAAACUACUUCAACAAGAAUGUGAAAAGUAGUAUUAUUUAAGAUCAAUGUAUACUUAUUAGAAUUCCAGAAUCUCAAAAAUAUAUUUCAAACAUUAGAUUAGAGGGAUUAUUAUUUAGAUACUUUUUUUCAAUGUUAUAUUGAGGGAUUUUUUUAGAAAUUUUCUAGUGCCAUAGGAUAAAUAACAUUAAAAGUGUUAUGUAAGAUAUUUGUGUUCACUAAAAAGGGCUGUGUGAUUCAUGUAUAAUUUUGUACAUUAAAUGUUUUUGUAUAAAAAGUUUGUAUCCCUUGAGGAUGAGAUUAGUGAUUUUGAUAUGAAGAGAAUUCACAGUUGUAUUAUGGUAUUAGUGCAUUGUCACUGUAGCUUUUGUUCUUAUUGUUAUUUUUUAAAUGAAAGAUACUCAUAGUUUAUGAAUUAGGAAUGAGUAAAGAUAGUGCCAUAUUCAUUUGUAAGUCUGCCAAACAAGGAUACAUUAGAAUUGGGCAUGAGUAAUGAUAGUGCUAUAUUCAAUCGUAAGUCUGCAAAAAUAUUGGUGCAGGUUGAACAUUAAUUUUAUAACGAUACUCAUAGUUUACAAGGAUACAUCAGAAUUAGGAAUGAGUAAUCUGAUAGUGCUAUUAUUAAUUGUAAUUCUGCCAAAAUAUAGGUGUAGGAAGUUUGAUUAAACAUCAUUUUAUGCUUGUAUUUAUUGUUGUAGGAGGUGAUAAAAUCUUUUAACGAUCUCAUAUAUGUUCAUUUAAUCUGUAUUGUUUAUUAUAUAUUAUUUUUGUCAUGAAUAUAAAAUGAUACUUUUGAUUACCCCCAGCAUAACAGACUUGUUAUAAAUAUUAUAAUUUAUCGAGAGAUAAUACAUUUUGGUUUCCGCAUCACAUCUAUAAGCAGUUAAUUUUCUAAAUAUGUAAAGUUUUGGCUUUUUGUUGCUUUAUUGGAUAUCCUCUACUGAUUAUAUGUAA